AUGCCUCCUAAAGCGCGCUCUGACGCCGAGGAGGCCAGCUUUCUUGAUGGCCUUUUAUCAGAGUUGGAUAGUAACGCGCCUCCUCCGGCUCGUGCCGCGUCGCCGAUGCGUCGACGCGUCACCACCGCCUCUGAGCCCACGCCUCGCACGCCGCGACGCGCUCCUCAAUCGACACGCGGUGCACCCACACCGCAGGCAACUCAGCGAGCGAAAAAUGUGGCUGAAAUCGUCGACAUGAGCGCACUCGUGGACGGUGCAGAAGACUGGGAUUGGGACGACAUGAAUGACGAUUUCAUGAGUCCGGUAAAACUUAACAGCCCCGUCAGACCGAAACGAUCUAGGUAUGAUGUGGGUCCGGAUACAUCGAGGGCGCCGGUCGCCACUCGUUGCAUCGUCCGCACAGUGCGGGAAACGGCGGGAGGCCGUCCACAAAAAAUCUUGACUGUCGAUACCAUCCCAGGGAAAGACACGCGCCAAGUAACGCUGCAAGACGACUGGACCCACAGCAAUGUCCAAGUCGGCGACAUCGUCAACUUCAUCGGCGACUGGACCGAACGCUCGCCGUCUGCCCAGCUCGCAAUGACGGUCUCCUUGAAGCACAACUUCUUCAUCCACCACCCCGACGUGCUCCUCACCCCGACCGCGCUCUCGAACACGGCCCAGUGCAUGCGCAAACCCCUCCUGACCAACAUGGUCCGCUCGUCAUCGGACGUGACCCCCGCGCUCGUGUGGGGCAACAUGCUCCACGAGGUCAUGCAGACGUGCCUGAGCGUCGCGCGCUGGGACGAUAGCUUCAUGAACGCCAAGAUCGAGAAUGUGUGCCGUGCGGGAAUGAGCGAGCUUGUGCGGAUCGACAUGGACGUGCCUCAGGCGAUCAGUGAGGUCACCGUCCGGGCCAGAGGGAUCAAGGCCUUCGCGGAGAAGUACAUUGCGCCUGAGCCGAAGCCGAACGCUGUCCUGACGAACACGCGCGCGGGCAAAGACGAGUCGACGCUUCUCGCGAUCCCGCAGCUGUACGACAUCGAAGAGGACAUCUGGUCACCGACGUACGGACUGAAGGGGAAGAUUGAUGCGUCGGUACAAGCGGUGAUUCACGAGGUCGACGACUCCAGCACGCCAUUUGCGCGCGCAAACCCACAAGUGAAGAAGACGGCGUCCCCGAUGCCUUUUGAGAUCAAGACCGGGCGAGCGAUGGCGGGGAUGGAGCACCGCGCCCAGACCAUGCUCUACACCCUGCUUAUGGGAGAGCGAUACGGCACCGAAUCCCCCUCCGGGUUGCUUUACUACACGCAGAGCGAGGAGGUCGUGCGUGUCCCCGCAGCGAGGAACGAGAUUAGAGCGUUGCUUGUCGCUCGGAACCAGAUGGCAGGGCACAUGAUGGACCGGCUGCGGGCGCAAAGCACGAUCACGAUCCAUGAAGACGAGGAAGGCGUGGACGUCGUCGAGCAUCUCGAUUCGUCCCUUCCCCCGACGAUCGACGACAACCGUGUCUGUGGAAGAUGCUACACAUUGGACACUUGCAUGCUUUUUCGCAAGGCCGUCGAAGGCGUAGAAGAUACAACAUCCGACAUCAGGGACAUCUACCAGCUCAAGACCGGCCACCUCACGCAGACGCAGAUCAACUUCUUCAAAAAAUGGGAGACUCUCGUCUCCCUCGAGGAACGCGACCUCGUCCGCUUCCGGAAAGAGCUCUGGAUGCUUACCGCCCACGAGCGCGAAGAUAAGGGCCGCUGCUUCGCCGACAUGGUCCUCGACGCCGCCCCGCCCUCCUUCGCGCCCACCAGUGUAAAAGAUCCUCGGACCCACCGUUCUACGUACCGCUUCGUGCGGGCCGCUGAAGGGGACCCAGCCCGGUCGCUUCUGAGUGGGCACAUGGGCGUGGGUGACGCCGUCGUCGUGUCGGUCGACCCGGGGCUCUUCGCUCUUGCCCGCGGGUUCAUCGCCGAGCUCGGGCCCGACAGCAUCGUCGUCGGGGUCGACCAUGCGCUCGACGAGCAGAUGAUCAAGGACCGGCUCCGCGGGAAGCGCGUACCCGUGCCGGAGACGGUGGUGUUCCGGAUCGACAAGGACGAGAUGUUCGGCGGGAUGACGCGCAUCCGGGACAACCUUGCGCAGCUGUUCUACGCCGGCGCCGACGUGCGGCGGCUGGAACUGCUCGUGGAUCUCGCCCCGCCGCGGUUCUUGGAUGGAGACCAGGUGGAAGAGAUCGAGGCGAGCUACCUGAACGAGGACCAGAAGCUGGCGGUGAAAACGGUCAUGCGCGCGUUGGAUUAUGCGCUCAUCUUGGGUAUGCCCGGGACGGGGAAGACGACGGUCGUGGCGGAAAUCAUUAGACGGCUGGUUGCGGAGGGGAAGAGCGUGCUCCUUACAUCGUAUACUCACUCGGCGGUGGACACCAUUUUGAUGAAGUUAGACGGCUGCGACGUUUUGCGCUUGGGCAACAUGGACAAGAUUCACCCAGCGGCACAGAAGUAUACUCUCGCUGCUCGUCCCCCUGCGAAGACUAUCGAGCAGUUAGAGAAUCAACUGAUGACGCCUUUGAUCGUGAAGAACCCUGCUGCGCGCAAAGGUGGUCUCGACGUGUCCCUCUUCCGUCUCCUCUCCGACGCGCACCCCGAGGCCGUUGUCGACCUCACGUACCAGUAUCGGAUGAACGCGGACAUCAUGCUGCUCUCAAAUCGGCUCAUCUACAGCGAUCGCCUGAAGUGCGGCUCCUCGACCGUCGCAUCCCAGACGCUGAAACUCAGCAACCCCGGGUUCGUCGACUUCUUGCACGCAAAAUCAGCCUGCCGCAGGGCCUGUUGGAUGCAGAGGUUGAUGAACGAGAGCACCACGGCCGUCUUCGUCGACACUGACGCCGUGCCCGCGCGCGACUCGCGCGUCGGGGACCUCAUCGAGAACCAAACCGAGGCGAAACUCGUGUACCAGAUCACGGAGUGCCUGCUCGGCUGCGGGGUCCGGGAGGAGCAGAUCGGCGUGAUCUCGCUCUACCGGCAGCAGCUCAAGCAGCUCGCGCACCUGCUGCGCGAGCGGAAGGGCAUUGAGAUCCUCACCGCGGACCGCAGCCAGGGGCGCGACAAGGACUGCGUCAUCAUGUCGCUCGUGCGCUCGAACGACGACGGCCUGGUUGGGGAGCUGGUCAAGGACUGGCGGAGGAUGAACGUCUCGUUCACGCGUUCGCGCUCGAAGCUCGUCGUCGUCGGCUCGCGGAAGACGCUCCAGGCGGAGCCGCUGUUCAGCAGGUUCUUCGAGCUGAUGGAGGGCCAGGACUGGAUUCUGGCGCUCCCUCCGGACGCGCACCUAAUGCAUGACUUCAACGACAUCGAGGGUACGCCGAAGAAGAGGACGGCGGCAGACAUGCUGCAUGAGGAUAGCGCGCCAUCGCAGGAGAGAGCCGGCAGCGCGAAGAAGAGUAAGAGCGGGGAGGGCAUCUUGAAGGGCCGCCCUCUCCUUAGAGACGUUGUGAAUGACUUGAAGUCGCCGCACAUAGAACUCAUAGAGAUUGAUUGA